AUGCAAUGGUCACAUUAUCUGAAAGGUAGACAUUUUAUCUUGAAUACUGACCAUGAGUCCCUAGAAUAUUUGCAGUUAAAGAAAGACAGUAGCUUGAAAGUAGGCCGUUGGCUGGAUGUAUUUGCUGCUUUUGACUUUGAAAUAGUAUACAUUAAGGAUGAAUGUAAUAAGGCUGAUGGCUUUAGUCGUCGUCCUGACUUGAUGAACGUCAAAGAACAAGGGUUGAGAAAACAAUCCACAGACAAAUCAAAUAUUCAACCCAGCCAGUUACCAGGUGAAGUUAGUGAAAUUCCAGUAAUUAAUAAGUUUAUAAUUGAGGACUAUAGUUAUGACACAUAUCUAUUUAGUCUGGAAAUUCCAUCACAAAUUGCAGUAAUAAAUCAAUUGUCUCCUGAAUAUGUCGAACUUUUAAAGAAUGAGUAUAUGAAAGAUCCCGACUUUAAGAUAAUUUAUGCAGGUUUAUCCAGUAAGAAGAAUCCUAUUCCUCAUUCGUUAGAUACUAUAAGUCAAAAAUAUAAAGUCAUUGACGGUCUUUUAUAUCAUGGUUAUAAUGAAUUACCGAUUGACAAGUUAUGUAUUCCUGACAAUGAAAUUCGUCGAGAAAUACUGCAACUAGCUCACAAUUCUCCUGCAGCCGGUCAUGGUGAUGUUUCUAGAACGUUGACCAAUAUCUCACCUCAUUAUUAUUGGCCAAAGAUGAAUGAGUCCAUACGUAAGUAUGUGAAGACAUGUGAUAGUUGUCAGAGAUCUAAGUAUAGGGCCGGUAAACAAUUUGGUACUUAUAUGCCAUUAAGUGUUCCCGACGAACGUUGGAGAAGCAUAAACAUUGAUUUUCUUUCAGGUACGGAGCCCGAUAAGAAGACUAAAUGCGAUAAUAUACUGGUUGUUAGUUGUCAGUUGAGCAAGAUGUCACAUUUCAUCCCUUGCAGAAAGACAGCUAAAGCGGAAGAUAUCGUUUCGAUUUUUUUCAGAGAAAUUUUCCGAUUACAUGGAAUGCCUCGAGUGAUUAUCUCGGAUCGAGAUAAAAUUUUCACAUCAACGGUAUGGAACAUUUUCGCUCAGAGAGCAGGCAUAAAACUUCAAAUGACUAUCAGUCACAAUUCACAAGGAGAUGGUCAAGUAGAGAGGGUCAACAAAAUUUUAGCUGAAAAGAUCACUGGUGCUUUAGCUCCUCACUCUAAUAAAUGGGUUGAUAUUUUGCCAAUGGUUGAGUUUGCGUACAACAGUACCUAUCAAGCAACCAUAAAGACUACUCCAUUUUUAGCAUGCUAUGGUUACCAUCCUAGGUUUGUUGGAAUUUUAAACCCAUUGGAAUCAUCUGUACGGAAUCCUUUAGAUCAGCCAUCGUUACCUAAAUUUGCAUCAUCAGAAGUUGAGAGAAUUUUGAAACGUGCCCAUCGAAUCAAGGAAGUUUUAACACACAACAUUGCUGAAGAACAAAAACGUCUGUCUCUACGUGCAAACGCCAAGUCAUUACGGCCCACAUUCGAAGUAGGACAAAAGGUUUUGAUAAAUAGAGAAGUAUAUCAGAAACCACAUGCAUGUGACAAAUUCCAAUUUAAAUGGUACGGCCCCUUCCAAAUCAUCGAAUUAAGGCAUCCUAACGCAGUUCGGUUAGCCUUAAACCAAGAUACAGUUAGACAUGAUGCUUUUAAUGUCAGGUAUUUGAAACAUUAUCAUGAACGUUUCAACGACUACGGUCAUGUUCCUCCCAUGGGAAGGGAAGAGAUUAUGAAAAACAUCGAUCAAAUUGCAGGCUUUAAUGAUAUCCAUUUUGUGAACAACAUGGUUAUGGCAGAUGUGGGAUGGAAAGACUGUGAACCUUGA